AUGGAGGUAGAAGAUAAUAUCAAGAACUUGAAACGGUUGGCCCGUGUGCGUGAGAAUCAGCGUAACAGUCGCGCUAGAAAGCAAGAGCAUAUUCGAGAUCUUGAGCAGCGACUGGCAGUUUACAAAGAGCAAGCCCAACAAAAAGAUAUCCAGCAUCGGUUGGCCAUUCAAAAAGUGGAGGCGGAGAAUAAAAAUCUCAGAACCCUUUUGGGGUCGCUGGGAGUAUCUGGGGAUCUGAUCCAGCAAUACGUCACUUUGGCCGGACAAGGGACCAUGAUGGAUCGCAAAGUCGCAAUACCUGCAAUAUCCGCAACUCCACGACCGAAGAAAGAAGAGAACUCCUUGCCGCCCUGCAACGAGGUUGACUCAAGACUCACCUCGACAUCCCUCGAGACACCAGAGGCACUGGAAUCGGUAAUUAAGUCGUCACCACAGCCCGAGGGCCCAACCCCGUCGCUUUGCAACUGCCCAGCGGAGCAAUCAGAUGCAUGGUCAUCCGAAGAAGAUGUGCUCAACACGACUCUCUGCGCCAUUGCAGAAGAUCUUCUAGUUCAAUACAAUGCACGAGGUACCGAUAUAGAAGAGCUUCGGCGAAGACUCUGGUCAGGUUUUACAAAGGGACAGCCGGGUGAUGGCUGCCGUGUUCAAAACAACAUUUUAUUCCAAGUUCUGGAUGAGAUAAGCAAUGGCAUUUGA